AUGGGUGCUCUGGGACCAAAUCUCCUUCACAAUGAAGUCACGUAUGAUAAAGAAAAGGAUGUCAUGAAUGGCAGUGUUAAUGGUGGCAAUGCUCGUCUUAACUGUGUCACAAGCUCAUCUGACAACAGUACUUCUGGACCACUCAGCACUCCAGAAAAAGGAACCCAUGUUCCAGAAGCAACUCCGAAAUACUCAGAAACAAAUGCAAUUAUUGGCGAAGUUUCUACUUGGGGCAAAGGAGCAUAUAAAGCUUUCAAUGGCCGUGUCUUUUCCUUUGAGUCUUCAUGCACGUAUACUUUCUGCCGUCACUGCGUUGAAUCUGGAGGAGAUUUCAACAUUGAGAUCAAACGAAACAACAAUAGCGAGAUUGAAGAAAUAAUGAUUAUAAUUGACAGUAAUGACAUCACUAUUUUUGGUGAUACCAUUUCAGUUAAUGGAGAAAGUGUACAGAUACCAUACGACAAUAAGUUGAUUCACAUUAAAAAACAUGGAGAACAUAAUGUCCUGCAUAGCCGUAGAGGAAUCCUGUCUUUAAUGUGGGACAAAAAUAACAAACUCUCACUUACUCUUCACAAGCAAUAUCCAACUUGUGGUCUUUGUGGUAACUUCAACAGCACUCCAGGAGAUGAUAUCAGUGAGCACAUUGACAAUAGUAAAAUUCCUGGUAAUUGUCCCAAAGCUGUUACUAAAAGCUAUCAAGUUUGUGAAGAUGGAGUGCAUCACUGUAACAAAAUUAUUGGAACCUACUUUGAGAAAUGCGGAAAGGUUAGCACUUUAUCCACCGACUACAAAAUGAUCUGCAUUGAUGAGUACUGCCAAAGUGGAGACAAAAAUUCCACAUGUGACACUUAUGCAGAAUUGUCCCGCCUCUGUGCAUCAGAUGGUCCCGGCACCUAUGAAUCUUGGAGAGAUGAUCCUGAUGUGGUUUGUGAAAAACCUACAUGCCCAGAAAAACAUAUCUACAAAGAAUGUGGUCCCUCAAAUCCUGCAACUUGUUCUAAUGUGGUUCCUUUUCAAGAUAUUGAAUGUGUGAGUGGCUGCACCUGCCCAGAAGGUUAUCUAUUGGAUGAUAUUGGAGAGAAAGGGCGAUGUGUGUUGAAGGCUGACUGUCCUUGUGAAUCUAAUGGAAAGGUGUAUCAAUCGGGAGAUGUCCGUGCAGGUGUUUGUGGUUCUCAGUGCACAUGCCAAGAAGCAAAGUGGUCUUGCACUGAAAUGUUAUGUCCUGGAAGAUGUAAGGUGGAAGGAAGCUUGAUUACCACCUUUGAUGGUGUUAAAUACAAUCAUCCUGGAAACUGUCAUUUUUUGGCCAUCCAUGAUAAAGAUUGGUCUAUUAGUGUUGAACUUCGUCCAUGUUCGAGUGGUCAGUCAGGAACCUGCUUAAAUAGUGUUACACUCCUCUUGAGUUCGUCUGUUCCAGUUGACAAAUACGUAUUCAAUAGAGAUGGAACAGUCACAAAUGACAAGAUUAGAAAUCAAGGUUAUUAUUAUUCAGACAAAAUACAGAUCUCCAAUGCAUCUUCCUCAUACCUUCAAGCAGAAACAUACUUUCAUGUAAAAAUGCAAAUACAAAUUAUUCCUGUGAUGCAAUUAUAUGUUUCCAUGCCACCCAACCAAUUCACAGACACUGUAGGACUCUGUGGUUCCUACAAUAACAGAGCAGAGGAUGAUUUCACAUCAAGUCAGAACAUAUUAGAGAAGACAUCUCAGGCAUUUGCUAAUUCUUGGGAAAUGAUGCCUUGUCCUAAAGGAAACACUGCUUCAUGCAUCAGUAUAGAAAAAGAAAGAUUUGCUGAAGGGCACUGUGGAAUUCUUCUUAGUUCAAGCGGGCCUUUUGUUUCCUGCCAUUCAAUUGUGGAUCCUAAACCAUAUCAUGAGGAAUGCGAAAAAUACACUUGCACUUGUGAAAAUAGUCAAGAUUGCCUGUGUACAAUUUUAGGCAACUAUGUGAAAGCAUGUGCUGAGAAGGGAACUUACAUUGUAGGAUGGAGAGCUGAGCUAUGUGAUCAACCUUGUCCAAGUGGCCUAGUUUUCAAGUACAAUGUAAAAACCUGCAAUAGUUCCUGCCGAUCCUUGUCAGAGAGAGAUAGGAGCUGCGAUAUGGAAGAGGUUCCAGUUGAUGGAUGCACUUGUCCUGAUGGAAUGUACCAGAAUAAUGAGGGAAAUUGCGUUCCAAAAUCUCAGUGUGACUGCUACAUAAAUGACGAGGUCAUGCAACCAGGCAAACUCAUCCAUAUUGAUGACAAUAUAUGUGUCUGUCAAGAUGGAAUUCUUCUUUGCCAGACUCCCAUUGAGUUAACGCUGCAGAAUUGUUCUGGAGGGGCUGAAUAUGUUGACUGUAGUGAUCCUAAGGCACAGAGAAGAGUUGAUAGUACAUGUAGCACUCGGAACAUACCUACUUUUGAUGAGAACUUGCCUUGCAAGCGUGGGUGCUACUGUCCUGUAGGAUUGGUUCGAAAUUCUAAAGGGAACUGUGUCUUUCCUGAUGACUGCCCAUGCUCUUUUGGUGGACGAGAGUAUGACCAAGGAAGUGUCACCUCGGUUGGCUGCAACAAAUGUACUUGUGUAAAAGGAUCUUGGAACUGUACACAAGAUGAAUGUCAGACAACCUGCCAUAUCUAUGGGGAAGGUCAUGUUAGAAAUUUUGAUGGAAAAAGUUACAGCUUUGAUGGUCUCUGCCAAUAUUCAUUUGUUGAGGAUUAUUGUGGUGGUGAAAAUGGCACAUUCCGUAUUCUAACCGAAAGCGUCCCGUGCUGUGAAGAUGGGCUUACAUGCUCAAGAAAAAUUAUAGUUGCUUUGCAGGAUCAUAAUAUUGUCUUGCAUGAUGGUAAAGUCACAGCAGUCAAAACUACAGAAAGUAAGGAAUGUGAACUCAGUGGAACUUCGUACUCUGUUCAUACAGUUGGCCUGUACUUGAUUCUGAAAAUUUUAGGUGGAAUAACCAUAAUUUGGGACAAAAAUACAAGAAUUUCUGUUAUACUGGAUCCACGCUGGAAUGGCAAAGUGUGUGGUCUCUGUGGAAAUAACAAUGGCGAUCUUAAGGAUGAUUUCACAACGAGAUACUCAUCAGUAGCUGCUGGAGCACUGGAAUUUGGAAAUAGUUGGAAAACGAGUCAAGAAUGUUCAGACACAGUAGCUCAAACCUUCCCAUGUGACUCAAACCCAUACUGUAAAGCCUGGGCUGUGCGGAAAUGCGAGAUCAUCCGGGACAGCACCUUCAGAGACUGCCACAAUAAGGUGGACCCCAGUGCGUACUACGACGCGUGUGUUGAGGAAGCCUGUGCGUGCGACAUGGAGGGGAAGUACCUGGGAUUCUGCACGGCGGUGGCGAUGUACGCGGAGGCGUGCAGUGCAGUUGGAGUCUGUGUCACGUGGAGAAAACCAGAUCUCUGUCCUGUCUACUGUGAUUAUUAUAAUGCACCUGGAGAAUGCAGCUGGCACUACGAACCUUGUGGUACAGUGACCGCAAAAACAUGCAAAGAUCGAGUAAUUGGCCAGAAAUUUUCUGCACUUUUAGAAGGCUGUUAUGCUAAGUGCCCAGACAGUGCUCCCUACCUGGAUGAGAACAUCAUGAAAUGUGUCAGUUUGUCUGAGUGCAGCUGCUUCUAUAAUGAUAUCAUACCAGCCGGUGAAGUGAUCCAAGAUGACUGUGGGAGAACAUGCUAUUGCAUCGCAGGAGAGUUGGAUUGCAGUGAAACUGCUCCUACGAAUUCAACAUUUACAGUUUCUACUACAACAGCUACCUCCAUACUAAGCACUGAAGCAGCAAUUACACUGGUGACCAGUAGCUCGGGUACAGCAGCUUCCAUUCCAGAGAUGACAACACCAAGCAGUGAAAUAACAGGAACAACUCUGAGUUUUCUCAGUGAACCUUUUACCACAGGUAUUUCUAGAACUCCAGUUCCCAUCACCUCUACAGCUGGAAGUGUGGGCACCACAGAGGCGGUGGGCCCCGCCCUCACCAGUCCUGGGCGCAUAUCAGGGUCAACUGGAGUAUCAGUAAGUGCAACCACAGCAGCUGAAGAUGGAAGCACUAGUGACACAGGCUUCGGAGCAGGUGUAACAGGAGAAUUUGUUGGAACUGCCACCGGAACUGGCAGUGGCAUCACAGCUAGACCUCCUUCCCCUGGUUCCAGCCCAACUGGUAGCUCAGAGGAACAACUGGAGGGGAAAAUGCUGCCACCACUGGAGCUGCUGGUGAAAACACUUCUGGAGCAGCAGACAGGGACUAGUGGCUUCGGAUCAGGAAGCAGUUCACCGCCCUCGGGAGUCUCAGGUACCCCCGGGUCAGGGACAACUGGCGCCCCUGGUGCAGGUUCGGAGACCACUGCGCCGUUAGCUGGAACAACAGGGACUAGUACAGGAUCAGGCACCAGUUUGCCCUUGUCGGCAGCCUCAGGGACCCCUGGGUCAUCGCCUGGAGGAGCAGCAUCAACUGCACCCCCUGGCAUCGGUUCCGAGGUCUCAGGUACCCCCGGGUCAUCAGCUGGAGGGUCAGGGACAACUGGAUCAUCACCUGGCACAGGGACUAGUGGCUUCGGAUCAGGAAGCAGUUCACCGCCCUCGGGAGUCUCAGGUACCCCCGGGUCAUCAGCUGGAGGGUCAGGGACAGUCUCAGGUACCCCCGGGUCAUCAGCUGGAGGGUCAGGGACAAGCGGACCACCUGCCCUAGGUUCGGAGGUCUCAGGUACCCCCGGGUCAUCAGCUGGAGGGUCAGGGACAAGCGGACCACCUGCCCUAGGUUCGGAGGGACCAGCAGUUGUUGGUUCGGAGACAAGCGCACCGUCAACUGGAGCCACAAGCAGUUCACCGCCCUCGGGAGUCUCAGGUACCCCCGGGUCAUCAGCUGGAGGGUCAGGGACAAGCGGACCACCUGCCCUAGGUUCGGAGAGCAGUUCACCGCCCUCGGGAGUCUCAGGUACCCCCGGGUCAUCAGCUGGAGGGUCAGGGACAACCACUGCGCCGUUAGCUGGAACAACAGGGACUAGUGGCUUCGGAUCAGGAAGCAGUUCACCGCCCUCGGGAGUCUCAGGUACCCCCGGGUCAUCAGCUGGAGGGUCAGGGACAAGCAGUUCACCGCCCUCGGGAGUCUCAGGUACCCCCGGGUCAUCAGCUGGAGGGUCAGGGACAAGCGGACCACCUGCCCUAGGUUCGGAGAGCAGUUCACCGCCCUCGGGAGUCUCAGGUACCCCCGGGUCAUCAGCUGGAGGGUCAGGGACAAGCCAUCCCCGGCGCAUCGGGGACAAGCGAAGCCCCCGCUGUAAGUGCAGAGACGACUGUGUCAUUACCGGGAACAACGGGAACAAGUCUUCCAGGACGAGGAACCAGCUUGACCCCAUCUGGGUCGUCAGGGACCCCUGGAUCAUCACCUGCCUCAGGGACCCCUGGGUCAUCGCCUGGAGGAGCAGCAUCAACUGCACCCCCUGGCAUCGGUUCCGAGACCACGGCAGCACUGCCUGCAGCAACGGGGACUGCUGCUGGAGGAUCAGGAACCGGGUCACCAACAGUGCAAGCCUCAGGGACCCCUGGGUCAUCGCCUGGAGGAGCAGCAUCAACUGCACCCCGUGGCAUCGGUUCCGAGACCACGGCAGCACCGCCUGCAGCAACGGGGACUGCUGCUGGAGGAUCAGGAACCGGGUCACCAACAGUGCAAGCCUCAGGGACCCCUGGGUCAUCGCCUGGAGGAGCAGCAUCAACUGCACCCCCUGGCAUCGGUUCCGAAACCACGGCAGCACCGCCUGCAGCAACGGGGACUGCUGCUGUAGGAUCAGGAACCGGGUCACCAACAGUGCAAGCCUCAGGGACCCCUGGGUCAUCGCCUGGAGGAGCAGCAUCAACUGCACCCCCUGGCAUCGGUUCCGAAACCACGGCAGCACCGCCUGCAGCAACGGGGACUGCUGCUGGAGGAUCAGGAACCGGGUCACCAACAGUUCGUCAGGGACCCCUGGAUCAUCACCUGGCGUGUCCGCAGCAACUGGACCAGCAGGUGUGGAAUCAGUAGGUCAGUGGGAGCUACCAGUAGUGCAGGUAGUGGAGGCCCAUCCUGGAGCAUCCAGCUUUGGGGCUACCACUUCUGGGAACCAAGCAGAGACUACCGCUUCCACAGAAGGUGCUGGCACUACUGGAGUUGGAUUCCAAACAGAGGCUACAACUUUCCUAGGAGAAAGUGAAACGACGAGAGUUGAAAUAGCCAAAGGUACUACUGGUAUAGCCUCUGGAAAAACUCUGGAGCCUGGAAGUUACAACACAGAGACCACCACUUUCACGAGAGGAAGUGGGACCACCCAAACAGAACUUCCGGGAGGUACCAACAUGAUUUUACCUGGAACCAGCAGCAGUUCUCAGAGUUCCAAGCCAGGCAGUUCUGUCACCACACCAGGGAGCCCAGGGUCUGGAAGUGAAACAGGAAGUUCAGAAGAAUUCUCUAAAACAACCAUAUCUCGAAGUUCCCACACAGAGGCCACAACUUUAACGGGAGGCAGCGGCACACCUGGAACUGGACUCAGACCUGGUACCACUAGAGAAUUGCCUGGAACAACCAUUGCAUCUGGAAGUUCUAAUACACGUAGUAUUCCAAAUUCCCAGACUUCAUCCUUAUCCUAUUUCUUCCUUCAGUGGCCACAACUUCCACAGAAGAGACUAGAACUGGAGCUCAAGCAGACCACUGUACCAGGGAGCCAGGUCUCUGACAGUCAAACAGGUACCAGUGGUGUAGUCUCCAGCCCAGCUAUGGCAUCUGGAAGUUCCAGCACUGGUACUGUCUGUGGAGUAUCAGACAAUCAAGUCACUGGAAGCAAAGCACAUACCACGGGUUUGGCCUUAGGUACCACUGUUGAACCUGGAAGUUCCAAUACAGGAGCUACCACUGGAGUAUCAGUAAAUGAAGGAACUGGAAACACAUUAGGGAAAUCUAGUAGCCACGUCACUGGCAUUCAAACAGGUACUACUAGAGUAGGCUCUGGUAGCGCCAUCUCACCUGGGAGUUCUAACACAGGAACCACCACUGGCACAGCUGAGAGGCCAAGCCCUGGAGGUGAAACAGGUACCAUUCGUGUAGUCUCUGGCACAACAGUUGCAUCUGGAAGCUCUAACACAGGGGCCACAACUUCUUUGGGAACCGGUGAAACCACACAGGGUGGAAUUAAGAUAGGUACCACGGGGGUGACGACUGGCACAACCAUCGCACCUGGAAGUUUUAAUACAAAGGCUACCACUUCUACAGAAGUCAGAACUACCCCUGGAGUUGGAGCAGCAGUUGGUACUACUUCAGGAUCAACUGGAGUUUCCAGGGGCCCAGAAAAUUCCACUCCUAGAGACACUGACAUAAUUUCAGGGAGCCAAUCUACUAGAAGUAAAACAGGUACUACUGGGACAGGCUCUAGAACUACAUCCUUACCUGGAGGUUUCAAAACAGAAGCAACGACUUUUAAAGAACAUGUUGGAACCACUGAAGCAGGAAUUCCCUCGGGUACUGCUGUGGUAUCAAGCAGAAUUACUGGUGUCUUAGAAAGUUCCAGCCCAGGUACCUCCAAGGAAGCAUCUGAAACAACCACUGCUCCUGGAAUUUCUACCACAGGCUCCACCUCAGUGUCAAAUGGAAUCACAACAAGCUCCAAAGUAUCCCACCCAGGAACAAACAUGAGCUUCAGCGCGCAGUUCACCUUUUCCAACUACCAGUCCCUGGGCUCUGUGCAGUCGCCUGGCCACUGGUCCAACCGGUCAGCAGUGCAGGCAGCGUCUAUGCAGGGUGUCUGGGGUGGCUGGGGGUCCAGGAACUUGGACACUGGGAUGGCCAGGGGUCUGGUGGGUGUACGGGGCAUCCAGGGUGAGAAGGAGACAAUGCAAGACCUGAAUGACCACCUGGCCUCCUACCUGGAAAGGGUGAGGCGCCUGGAGGCUGAUAAUAGGAGACUGGAGAGCAAGAUCCGGGAACACCUGGAGAAGAAGGGACCCCAGGUCAGAGACUGGGGGCAUUACUUGAAGACCGUCGAGGACCUGAGGGCUCAGGUUUUUGCAAGUUCUGUGGACAAUGCCCGCAUCGUUCUGCAGAUUGAUAAUGUCCGUCUUGCUGUUGACUUCCGAGUCAAGUAUGAGAUGGAGCUGGCCAUGCGCCACUCUGUGGAGAGUGACAUCUAUGGGCUCCGUAAGGUCUUUGGUGACACCAGUGUCACCCGGCUGCAGCUGGAGACUGAGAUCGAUGCUGUCAAGGAGGAGCUGCUCUUCAUGAACAAGAACCAUGAGGAGGAAGUGAGGCGUCUACAAAACCAGAUUGCCAACUCUGGGUUGACCGUGGAGUUGGAUGCUCCCAAACUCAGCACUUCAGCAAGAUCAUGGCAGACAUCUGGACCCAAUGGAGCAGCUCAACGGGGUCCUCUGCACUUGGAGUUGGAGCUGCCCCAAACCUGGGCAGAGGGGCAAUGCCAGACCCAGGAAUACGCGGCCCUGCUGAGCAUCAAGGUCAAGCUGGAGGCUGAGAUCAGCACCACCCACUGCCUGCUGGAAGAUGGGGAGGACUUCAAUCUUGGUGACGCUGUGGACAGCAGCAACUCUAUGCAAACCAUCCAGAAGACCACCACCCUCAGGCUUGUGGAUGGGUGUACAACAUCACUUCCACAGUCUCCAGUUUGUUAUGGUCCACUGGGAGAAAUGAAGUCUCCUGGAGAUAUAUGGACUGCCAAUUGCCACAAAUGCACUUGUACAGAUGCAAAGACUGUAGACUGUGAACCCAAGGAGUGUCCUUCUCCUCCCACGUGCAAAGCUGAAGAGAGGCUUGUAAAGGUCAAAGCUAAUGAUACCUGUUGUGAAAUCGGAUACUGUGAACCAAUAACAUGUUUAUUUAACAAUACCAACUAUGAGGUUGGUGCUUCAUUUGAUGACCCCAACAACCCAUGUAUCUCCUACACCUGCAACAACACUGGUUUCAUUGCAAUGGUCCAGGACUGCCCGAGGCAGACCUUGUGUGCAGAAGAAGACAGAGUCUAUGAUUCAAAAAAAUGUUGCUAUACGUGUAAGACUGAUUGUAGAUCUUCACCCCUGAAUGUGACUGUUAACUACAAUGGUUGCAAGAAAAGAGUUGAGAUGGCAAGAUGCAUAGGGGAAUGCAAAAAGACUGUCAAGUAUGAUUAUGAUAUCUUUCAGUUGAAAAAUUCAUGUCUUUGCUGCCGAGAAGAAAGCUAUGAGUUCAGAGAAAUUCUUCUUGACUGUCCUGAUGGCGGGACAUUAUCUUACAGAUACAGGCACAUCACAGAGUGUUCCUGCUUAGACAUGUGCCAACAAUCUGUGACCUCAACAGCCAGUUAUUGA